UAUAAACAACAWAUAUACGUAAGAAAUGAAAUAAAAUGAAAUGUAAGAGUCUUGCCAAUUAGGCGAAUUGAACCAGUUACCGGUGCAUUUUGGCGACAAACAAUUCAUAACUGAGACGCUCUUACAAUUAGAACAAGUUUUGCUGGAUUUCAUCAGCGGCGUGAUUGCAGAAGCACAGUUAAAGCAACGGSAUUAAAACGCAAUCACAUACACACAGACAUCCACAUAGAUGCAGGGGAGUGAAUUCGCUCACAACAGAUUCCCGAUUUUAUGGAAAUGAAGCUGGCAUAACACCGAACCGCAUCUGGUCUUAUAAAAGCGCCACCAAAUUUGGCAAACAGCAUCAGAAACAAUCGAGUGUUCUAGUCCAAUCCCCACAAAUUUGCAAAAUGUUCAAAUACGUACUACUCUUCACUUUGGUUGCUUACGUCUCGGCCGCCGCUGUCAGCAGUUCCGAUGAUGCUCAUGCCGAAGUCAGUCUACAGAAGUCCGAUGUUCGAUUCAAUGGCUUUGACACCGAAUUGGAGACCAGCAACAGCAUUCACGUCGUGCAACACGGUGAUGAAAAGGGCAACAUCAACGGCGAAUACGGUUGGAUAUCACCCGAAGGCGAACACGUCAUUAUAAACUAYGUUGCCGACGAGAGCGGUUACCACCCACAGAGCGAGCUCUUGCCCACAGCUCCCCCAGUACCAGAGGCCAUCGUCAAGGCACUCGAGUACAUCGCAUCUCACCCCUCAAAGGAAGGAGUCCAGAAGAACUAAAUUUGUAAACUUUGACAUUGUUACGCAUUGAUUAGGAAAGAAUGUGACCGAUUUUCUCUCGUGCAAGAAUAAGAUUUUAUUAUUAUA